CUCUCACAUUCCCCAGCCCACGUGUGUAUUCGCUCGGUAUAAAGCCAGCGGGAGCUCUCGUCCUUCAGAAGAAAUCACCGAGAGGACUCCCCUUUCAAAGAGGGGAGAAAAGAUUAGGAGGUGUCGGCUAAAGUCUCACACGUGGAUUUUUGUUAUUUUUUUCCCCGCUCCCUGUAUUCAGUUUUUUUUUUUUUUCUCUCUCCUUGAUUCCGGGAAGAUCCUGUGCGGCAUGGGGCAUGCUCUGACGUUUCUGUCCGCUUAAGGAUUUUGCGAAAUUACUUAACACCUUAAUGUCUAUCUGCAAGUCGAAAGGAGCAGACCUUUGCUGAUUGCUAGCCAUAUCUGCAUUUAAAACUCUUCAUUAGCUCUUUAUUAGUUUUUUUUAUUUCUCCCACUGAAAUGUGGAAUGCCACUGAACUUCUCUUCAACCUGUCUGAGGUGAACGGUUCCAUGGACGGGGGUGAGGAUGGGGAGCAUCCGUUUUUGACGGACGCCUGGCUGGUGCCUCUCUUCUUCUCUCUCAUCAUGCUGGUGGGACUAAUCGGGAACUCCCUGGUCAUCUAUGUGAUCUCCAAACACAGGCAGAUGAGGACCGCCACCAACUUCUACAUAGCUAACCUGGCAGCCACAGACAUCAUCUUCCUGGUGUGCUGUGUCCCCUUCACUGCCACACUCUAUCCCCUGCCCAGCUGGAUCUUUGGGGACUUCAUGUGCAAAUUUGUCGCUUUUCUCCAGCAGGUCACCGUCCAGGCCACCUGCAUCACGCUGACCGCCAUGAGCGCCGACCGCUGCUACGCCACCGUCUACCCCCUCAAAUCCCUGCGCCACCGCACCCCCCGCGUCGCCAUGAUCGUCAGCGUCUGCAUCUGGAUCGGGUCCUUCAUCCUGUCCACGCCCAUCUUCAUGUAUCAGCGGAUCGAGGAGGGCUACUGGUACGGCCCCAGGCAUUACUGCUCCGAGGAGUUCCCCUCCAAGGCCCACGAGAAGGCCUUCAUCCUCUACCAGUUCAUAGCCGUCUACCUCCUGCCCGUUCUCACCAUCUCCCUCUGCUACUCCUUCAUGCUGAAGAGGGUUGGGCAGCCCGCAGUGGUGCCCGUGGACAAUAAUUACCAGGUCCAUCUCCUCUCCGAGCGGACCAUAGGCAUACGGAGCAAGAUCUCCAAGAUGGUGGUGGUGAUCGUCCUCCUGUUUACCAUCUGCUGGGGCCCCAUCCAGCUCUUCAUCCUGUUCCAGUCCUUCUAUCCCAACUACAAGGACAACUACACCACGUACAAGAUCAAGACCUGGGCCAACUGCAUGUCCUACGCCAACUCCUCCAUCAACCCCAUAGUCUACGGCUUCAUGGGGGCCAGCUUCCGAAAGUCCUUCAAGAAGGCCUUCCCCUUCCUGUUCAAGCAGAAGGUGCGGGACAGCAGCGUGACGUCCCGCACAGCCAACGCCGAGAUGAAGUUCAUCGCCACCGAAGCCACCGGCGAGCCGCAGUGAAGGACAGCCGAACAGCAGGUGGCGCUACAGUAAGCAACGCGAGGCCUCUCUGGGGUUCCGUUAGGCUGGAAACACAAAACACAGGCCAGGGCAUUGUGGUGAAUAUUGAAAGGGGUGGCUGCAUACUGCUAAUGUGGCCAAUUCUGUCAUCUAUCCUACUGCUGCCACUAGAAAAAAAUAUAUAUUACCAGGCAAAAGUAUAGGAUAGAAACUUAGAAGGAGUUGUGGGGAUGUGGCAGGCUUGUCUUACAGAAUGAGAAGGAAUCAGAUUUAUUCAUGAGUUGACUUUAAAUUUGUCUGUAAAAUACUUCAGCUUGUAAAUAUGUCUUUACUGGCCAAUGGACAGUUGAGGAGGAGAGCUUAGUUUUCUGUGUACUGUACAUGCAAAUAUGUGUGGAACAGUACUACUAAAGGAAAAGAGGGUGACCUAUUUAUUUCAGAACAUUUUUUUGUAGGUGGGGAAAAUAUUGAGUUAGAUGCGCUUGCAUAACAUUCUUAUAAUUUUAACAAAGGAUCAUUGUCACUGUACAGGAAGCAAAGAUAACAGCAAAGAUAAGCAGGCAUAUUCACAUAUUUUUACGAAUGUGGGGCAAUAAAGAAAUGUUACUUUCCCAUGCACUCUUAGUAAUGGGGUUUUGAUGCCCUCAAUAAAAAGAAAAGAAAAGAAAAAAAAACACAACACACACUUCAAGUGCUCUUUUCCUUCCCCUACACCACAUUCAGUACUGGAAAUCUGAAAGACCUUCUUUCGUCUAAAAAUAGUCUUUUAUUUAAUUACAUUUCAUAUGAAACUGUUUUCUUACUAUUAGCGUUACAGCUAAUUGAAAGAUCUUUUUUUUGUCUAAAAAUGGUCUUUUAUUUUAUUUAAUUUCAUAUGAAACUGUUUUCUUACUAUUAGCAUUCCAGCUAAUUGAAAGAUCUUUUUUUGUCUAAAAAUUGUCUUUUAUUUAAUUUAAUUUCAUGUGAAACUGUUAAAUUACAGCUAAUAGAAAGAAAACUACAAAUAAGCCAUGUUCAAAUGAAAAUUUGCGUUCACAGCAAAUGUGUAAGAAAUAAUAAGACAACAUGGCACUGGGUUUGUUUUCAUUGUAGAUUCAUUCAUCAAGGCUUGGCAACGUUCUCCUGGAUAUUUACAUGAAAUACAUAGUUAAUAUCAGCGAGGCAAAGAAAAAACAAAACAGGGCAACAGUCGGUAUGGAUUAGUAUCGUUUAUCAUUCCAAAUGGUGACAGGCGUGUCAAGAUACGCGCCUGGGCGUGAUAAAUGGAGAGCUGGAACAGAAACAAAAGCCAAAUAAACCGCCGUUUAUCUGGAAGCCGGGCAAAUUGAGGAUUUCAGAAUUGGAUUCCCCGGCCCGUUGGUCUGGCGCUCCGUAGGCAUUUAAUGCGCGGGAGCUUGCUCAAGAAAGGAGGCUGCCUGACGAGGCGUGGAGGGUGUUGGUUCCGCGCCGACUUCAACACCUCCCUGUGUACACAGGCUGCAGGUUUUUGGCCGUCGCCCCCCUAUCUAUCACUCUUUCGAUGGAAAUUUUUUUUUUUUAAUCUCUGCUUACAAGCUUUAUCUUGGGUGACUCAGACCGUCAUUUCCUGUCCCGUUCGCCCGUUUGAUCGUUCUAAAAAACGUAAAGCGCGGACUCCUGUACUCAUAUUCGAUAUUCCCUUUCUUAUCUGUUUCUUUUUUUAUUUUUUUUAUUUGUGUGGAACAUGUAUUAAAGUGUUCUGGCGUGUAUGUUAACACUAAAGUCCCCAUUUGCUAUCACAGCGAGGCCGUUUGUAUUUGAAUUUGCAUGGCACCCGCUGCACCCCUCUCCUACGGCUGUUAGGAGAUUCCCUUUUCUGCCAAGGCCGGUUAUGGGUUCGUAAACCUGGGGAAAUGAGUCACGUUUUUAAAGCAGGAGUUUUAUGUAAAUGCACAAAAAUGCCCCCUUACCACAAAAAAAAGAAAAAAAAGAAAAAAAGCUUUCUGUACAAACCGGGGGAACUAACGUACGACUUGAUUAAAAUCUCAAUGCUGUAUUCAUUUAAACAUGGACAGAAAUAACCAUUCAGUAAUGGCGUCUUUCAAAGAUUAUAAACGAUACAAUAUUGGUUUUUGAAAGUGAUGGCCCUACGGCUAUUUUUUAAAUUUUUUUAAUGGCCAUUUCAAUUCAAACACGUUGCCUUGGCUUUUUCAGUUCCAUCCCAAGGGGAACAUCAUGUUCUCAGGAGCCUGCAGAGCAGAGAUAUGCAAAUGCUGCGUUGCGAGGGCCAGUGCAUUGGAACAAUCCAGAAGCUCAAUUUAUUGCCAUGACAUGAAACAUUAGUUGAAUAUAAUUAGUUCCCUUGGGAAACUAGGAGACGUUAAAGAAAAUGCCUACGUCUGCACGGUAACUACUACCAGGUUUACCUGAAGACUGCACGGGCUCGAAAGCUCCCACAAUCCGCGGAUGGUUAGACCACCUUCAUGUGGCCCCCAAUCUGUUGCCUGAAACAAGACAUUUGUUUCAGCGAGACGCCGUCUGUCUCGAAUGUGCCAAUGUCGUUUGUGUCCGUGUGCGAGACGCAAUCGACAAACUGUCCCGCGUGUGUAUAAACAGCAUCAAUCUCGCUCUGUUUUCUGCUCUUGAAUAAUGGCGAUAAAGUUGUUUUCACCAGCUGCGUAGACAGGUCAAUCCGUAACUUAGGCUUCAAUGGUAUAUACAGUCAUACGUCUUUGUUCAUUUGUAACUUUUGACACAUUUCAUAAACAUCCAAUUAAAUGUUAGUUCUGUUAGAAGGUAAUAGUGCUGUAUCUUCAAUCACGGUUUUUUAUUUAUUUAUAGCAUUUGGAGUGGAGUUGAUUGCAAAAGAUUGAUUAAAGAACUAGACUGAUGUGAUGCUUUCAAACAACCGCCCAAAACCUUCUACCAUUUCCACAUUUGUGUCUCAACAUCAUCUCAGAAGUCCAAAAGGCAAUGCCACACUUGUGUCAAAUGUUAGAUUCACGUGUUACAUGGAGACAUUUUAGCCUGUUGUUGCUGUCGUUCUUCAUGUUUUUGUCUGUGCUCUCUCUCAGGUUUAUGAAUAAAUGUACAAAUGUGAAAAGA